CACGGAAGUCGGCCUCUCCCAGGCAGAAGAUACACCAAGAUGCGCGUCCCACUGUCCUGUCCCACAGUAACUGAGCCAAUUUGGCCGUACGGAGCCCAGGACAGCCAGAUUAUGCCAGUACCCGCUCGAUACCUGUCUACAUGUCACACGAAUUAGAUUCACUCACACCAUUAGCAACCGGGUUCCCUACUACCGGAAGCACGCAACGGUUCAGCAGUACCACGAGGGAGGAGCGAAUUCACCGUUCCUGCUCCACUUCCCGCUACAAAAGCAUGUGGGCCGCAGAGAAGCGCUCCUACACGGAGACACUCCCUCCUACCCCUCGUCGAUAUACCUGUUUCAAUUGGAUACCUGUUGCAUUCAGUCGCAUGGACAAAACUAGACGGAAAUUCUUGCUAUUAUUACUUCCAGUUUGCGUGCCUCUGUUACUUGUUCACCGUCAUGUCACCUUGAUAACACACGGAACCUUGCCCUUUGGAUCACUGGGAGUUUCGCAUUCCGAUUCUUCUUCCGAGAGUGUCCAUAAGACUGUAAACUCAACGCUUGGUGUAAGUUACUCUUCUUGAGCAAGAAACUUGUUGCUGAGUACAGCACCAGUUUGGCGCCCUUGUGGCAGUAUCGCACGCGACCAGCCCCAGAAAAGACGGGCUACUAUGGUCUUCCAACUUAACAG